CUCCCAGCCACAGCCGAACUCGAAAUUCAACGUUUACAUAAACAAAAAGCAAAACCUCACCAUUUCCAAGCCUUCGAAGAUCUAACUUUCUUCUACCCAAAAACACACAUACUCUCUCUCUCGCGCGCACCUACCCACCUACCAUAAAAAUCAGAUCAACCCUACCCCACUGUCCCUUUCUUCUCCAGAGCCGAAGACAAAUCUCUCGUUCCAUCUCUCCCAUUCUACUACUGUAUCUGUUUAUAUUGAUGAAGAAUUUACUGGUUUGAUAUGGCUAUGGAAGGGAAAGAAGCGGUAAAAAUUGAGAGUAUUGUUGGAUCGUCAACGUUUCCUGAUUAUAUUCAGAGUAGUUAUCCUUUCCCGGGUGUAUUUGAUUUCUGUGAAGGAGAUAAGAGCUCGUUAGGGUUUAUGGAACUACUGGGUAUGCAGGACUUCAGUCCUUCAAUGUUUGAUGUGCUGCAGGUACCAUCUAUGGUGCAACCUGCAGCUUCUAAUCCAGUUGUUACAAAGGUGGAAUCGCCAGAGGCGUUGAAUCAGCCUGCAACUCCUAACUCUUCGUCAAUUUCCUCAGCUUCCAGCGAGGCUUUAAAUGAUGAACUGGUUAAGGUAGCGGAUAAUGAGGAAGAAGAGCAGCAGAAGACCAAGAAAGAGUUGAAGCCCAAGAAGACAAAUCAGAAGAGACAGAGAGAGCCGAGAUUCGCAUUCAUGACGAAGAGCGAGGUUGAUCAUCUGGAAGAUGGGUACAGAUGGAGAAAGUACGGCCAGAAAGCUGUGAAAAAUAGCCCCUUUCCUAGGAGUUACUAUCGUUGCACCAGUGCCUCUUGUAAUGUGAAGAAGAGAGUAGAGAGAUCUUUCAGUGAUCCAAGCAUAGUUGUGACCACCUACGAAGGCCAACACACACAUCCUAGCGCUGUAAUGACUCGUCCAAGCUUUGUUGGAGCUGCGUCAGAGUCUGGUUUCUCUGCUACUCCUUUUGCCAUGCCAAUGCAAAGAAGAUCAUUGCUCUAUCAACAGGAGCAACAACCCUUUGUCCAUAGCUUCACUCCUUUGGGUUUUGGUUAUGACGGAACCACAAAUGCUGCUUUUCUACACGAGAGGCGCUUGCACACCACCCCAGGUUCUGCUUUGCUUGAAGAUCAUGGGCUUCUUCAAGACGUUGUCCCUUCUCAUAUGCUGAAGGAGUAGUAGACGAGAACACGAUUACUACUUUAUAGUUCCAUUAGCUGACUUUAAAGGAGGUGUAGAUGAAGGAAACUCAAAAUGAUAUAUAUGAACAUAUAUAAAUAUAUAUAGUAUAUGUGUUAAUUUUCUUGCUGACAGGUCAUGAUCUUUCUUGAAGAAGAACCCGACUUCCAUUAGAGAAGCUCUAAUGCUUUCACUGUAAGAUGGGGUUUUUCUCCAAUGAUAAGGACUAGUUUCUUUGUUGGAUUCAGUUUCCUGGCCAUUGCUUCUAUUUGUCCCACUUGCCCGCGUCCCCCAGCUAACCCCACCCCUUCUUUUUUUCCAGUGCUGUGGUUUUGGUUCUGUAGGGAUUAUACGUGAUAUAGAAAAUGAGGUUGUUUUUCAACUUUAAUGCUA